GCGGGCCAACAUCCAAAUUUAGAAGGUGUUUUCCCUUUUCAAGCGACGACCAUGUUGGGCAAAUCGUCGGCCGUCUCUGGGUUGCCCACCUACCGUGACGUGCAUAUGGAAACCGCCAAAGGCAUUGAAUCGCUCGGCGGGCUACCAGAUGUGCGAAUGGCGACAGCCAAAGCGUUCCCAACCGACAUCUUGAUGGAGACUGCGAAAGAUAAGACGACGAUGAAAGCGGGCGGGCUGAAAGUCUGGGAGCGCGAGGUUCUGUCAAACCCAGAGGUCAAGCGGAAGGCUACUGUGGCCCAACUCUAUUUCCUCGAUUACUACUUCCAAACGCUCGGCUACAUCCAUUCUCGCAAAGAACGACGUGCGAAAUUCGACAAGGACACUGCGGCGCGCGAUCUCAAGCCCACGGAAUACGCGAAAGAGUUCAAAUCGUACUGUGGGAGGGAGCGAGUUUUGCUUCGUCGUCGUCGGACCAAGCUACGAGUCGACCAGUUCCACAUUAUUGCUCAGGUUGGCCAAGGUGGCUAUGGCGAGGUUUUUCUUGCGCGGAAACAAGAGACUGGCGAGGUCUGCGCUCUCAAGAAAAUGCGCAAGCGAACACUGCAUAAAAUGGACGAGAUUCGCCAUGUGCUCAUCGAGCGUGAUAUUCUCACUGCAACCAAAACUCCCUGGCUUGUCCGUCUCCUCUAUGCUUUCCAAGAUCCCCAAUUCGUCUAUCUUGCGAUGGAAUACGUGCCCGGUGGCGACUUCCGUACCCUUCUCAACAAUUCUGGCGUCCUGAAAGAAGAGCAUGCACGCUUCUACAUCAGCGAGAUGUUUGCUGCUGUGAACGAGCUCCAUAAGCUAGGCUAUAUCCAUCGCGACCUCAAACCCGAGAAUUUCCUUGUGGAUGGGACAGGCCAUGUCAAGCUUACGGACUUUGGACUUGCCACUGGCGCAUUGAAUCCUAAACUUAUAGAAUCACUCAAGCUCAAACUCGACAAGGUCAAAGAUAAUCAGAUUGUGCACCGAUCGACUAUCGAACGUCGGUCCAUAUAUCGCUCGAUUCGCAACGAAGACGCGCGCUAUGCAGACUCCAUCGUUGGAUCACCUGAUUACAUGGCGCCUGAGGUUCUCCGCGGCAAACCAUAUAAUCUCUCCGUCGACUACUGGUCUCUAGGGUGCAUCUUGUUCGAGUUCCUCGCAGGCUUCCCGCCAUUUAGCGGCAGCACUGCGGACGAAACGUGGACCAAUCUCAAGAACUGGCAGACAGUUUUACGCCGCCCGGAGUACGACAAGCCAGAAGACCUUAUUUUCAACCUUACGGACGUUGCUUGGGACGCUGUUACUUGCCUUAUUGCCCAUUCCUCCUCCCGACUUACUUCACUCGAACAAAUACGUGUACACCCUUUCUUUGAUGGUGUGCAAUGGGAUGACUUGCGCGGAGUAGAAGCGCCUUUCGUUCCAGCGCUUGACUCGGAAAUCGACACUGGCUACUACGACGACUUUACAAGCUUAGAGGACAUGGCCAAGUACGCAGAAGUGAAGGAGAAGCAACGGAACGUAGAUGCGGUAAAGGAGAAGGACGAUACGUUCGGACGGGGCGUCUGGGUUGGUUUCACGUUCGGGAAGAACGGGCCUGGGCUUAAUUCGCGGGGGAUGGUGGGGCUUGGGGGUGGUGGUGGAGACGAUGGGGCACUUGCGACGAUAUUUUGA